AUGCCUAGUCCUUUCCUUGUGCUGCAUGUGCGCCUUGUGGUGAAGCUCACACAGCAUCAGUAACAUUUUGUACUUUAGGGGCUGUUAAUCUUCAAAAAUGGCCCUUCACGUACCCAAGGCUCCGGGAUUUGCCCAGAUGCUAAAGGAUGGUGCAAAGCACUAUUCCGGGCUUGAGGAGGCAGUAUACCGUAACAUCUCAGCAUGCAAAGAGCUGGCACAAACCACAAGGACUGCAUAUGGACCCAAUGGCAUGAACAAAAUGGUCAUCAACCACCUGGAGAAGCUCCUCGUCACCAAUGAUGCUGCCACCAUCCUGAGAGAGCUGGAGGUUCAGCACCCUGCAGCCAAGAUGCUGGUGAUGGCGUGCACCAUGCAGGAGGAUGAGGCAGGAGAGGGGACCAACUUCGUCAUGGUGUUCGCUGGAGCCCUGCUGGAGCAUGCUGAGGAGCUACUGAGGAUGGGGCUCUCCGUGUCUGAGGUCAUUGCAGGCUAUGAGAUGGCGUGCAAGAAGGCGCUGGAAAUUCUGCCCGACUGUGUGAGCACCUCAGUCUCCAACAUGCAUGACAUCAACGUGGCCAAGGCCAUGAUCCGCACCGCUGUCAUGAGCAAGCAGUACGGCAACGAGGACUUCCUGGCAGAGCUCAUCGCCCAGGCCUGUGUUUCAAUCUACGGCGACUCCGGCAGCUUCAACGUUGAUAAUGUCAGAACAUGUAAAAUUCUGGGCAGUGGACUCCACGCCUCAUCAGUGCUCCAUGGCAUGGUGUUCAAGAAGGAGGCUGAGGGAGACGUCACAUCAGUGAAGGAAGCCAAGAUUGCAGUCUUCUCAUGUCCAUUCGACUGCAUGGUGACAGAAACAAAGGGAACAGUACUGAUCAAGAACGCGGCUGAGCUGCGUGACUUCAGCCGGGGUGAGGAGGACAUGAUGGAGAGCCACGUAAAGGGCAUCGCCGAGACCGGCGUCAACGUGGUGGUGACCGGGGGCAAGGUGGCAGACAUGGCCCUGCACUACGCCAACAAGUACAACCUCAUGGUCGUCAGACUGAACUCCAAAUGGGACCUGAGGAGGCUGUGCAAGACCGUUGGAGCCAUCGCUCUGCCUAGACUGACACCCCCCACACCAGAGGAGAUGGGUCGCUGCGACAGCGUCUACCUCACAGAACUCGGAGACACACAAGUGGUCGUCUUCAAACACGAGAAGGAGGAUGGUGCCAUCUCCACGGUAGUAAUCCGGGGCUCCACAGAUAACCUGAUGGACGACAUCGAGAGAGCUGUGGCUGAUGGAGUCAACACCUUCAAGGCCCUCGUCAGAGACCAGCGCCUGCUGCCUGGUGGUGGCGCUACUGAGAUUGAGCUGGCCAACAAGAUCACGUCAUACGGAGAGACGUGUCCAGGUCUGGAGCAGUAUGCCAUUAAGAAGUUUGCUGACUCCAUGGAGGUGGUCCCCAGGGCGCUGGCCGAGAACUCUGGCGUCAAGGCCAACGAGGUCAUCUCCAAACUCUACGCCGCCCACCACGAGGGACAGCGCAACAUCGGCGUUGACAUCGAGGGCGAGGGCCCCGCGGUGAAGGACAUGGUGAAGGCUGGCGUCCAGGACCCCUUCCUGGUCAAGCACAUGGGCAUCAAACUGGCCACCAACGCAGCCAUCACCGUUCUCCGAGUUGACCAGAUCAUCAUGGCUAAACCUGCAGGAGGUCCAAAGGCGCCCCAGGGCAAGAAAGACUGGGACGAGGACGAUUGAAUGUCCCCCUCUCCCCCCACCAAUACUGUGUGACUGUCGCCGCAACGCAUUUUCCAUUGUAUUUAAUGUCCUCCACCAUGUCUUUUUUUUGUUUUUGUUAUUUCUUUGUCCACUCUUUUUGUAGUAAAUGCCACGUGUACACAGCAUAAUGGAUGCCACUUACCCUUCGUCCCAAUAAAAGGCACUUGAGCUGUCA